AUGAGCGAUGAUCAAGCAAUUAACACUGCGGGUGAACUCAACGAUGACUUGCUGUUUAACCACGAGUUUAGAUUCGACGAUAACAAUAACAGUGACAUAACACCAUCACUAAGCGAUUAUGAACUCCAGAAGAUCAAAGAGGAUCUGGGAAUGGUAGAUGGUGACAACGAGUUUGAAAACUCUGACCUACCGUUACCCUCCAUCUACAUCGAUGGGAGAAAUACCCCGACGCCAUUUGACUUCCCGCUGACGGAAGAAGAGCGCGCGCUUCUGGAGCACUGUACGAUCGGAUCACCUCGGCGAUUUUCCGAUUCGCCGAGCGUUUGCUCGACAUCUCUGGAGUUAUUAGCGGACAGUUUGAUUAAAGACUUCGAAGACAUGGACUCUGAUCAUGAUCAAGAACUGAUUUUCACUCCAGAUGAGGGAUACAGGCCGGGGGCAGAUACCUCUGUGCGUUCUUCUUCCUCUAAGGGGCUGAACCUGAAAGCUCCAUCACCUUUACAAAAUUUGCAGCGGGCCGUCGAAAGAUCAAAUUCCGAAGCUCUGGAAUCCGUUGAGGCCAGUGAUGAAAAUGUUCGAAAAUCAGAAAAGAGUCUGAAUGUGAAAAAAAUUGAAAGUUCGCUCUCUCGUCCGAUAAUUGAGAGCGCUGAUGCUUCAUCGAACUCUGCAUCCUCAUCAUCUCGUAACGGCCAAGAAUCGGGGCAAACAUCAAGAUCAGCUUCAUUAGAUUCCGACUCGCUCCUGGCCUCGAUCGACUCUGGUCUGCCAGUGAAUGAUGUGCAUACACAGCAUCAGUACUUUGUUGUGGUAGCCAUAGAUUUUGGAACAACAUUCAGUGGUUAUGCGUUCGCUUUUACUCGAGAUCCCGAGAGCGUGCAUAUGAUGCGUAGAUGGGAAGGAGGCGAUCCAGGUGUCACCAACCAGAAAACACCCACAACUUUGUUGCUGAAACCUGAUGGAAGCUUCCAUUCGUUUGGAUUUGGUGCGAGGGAUUUUUAUCAUGACUUAGAACCAGACGACGCUAAAAAGUGGAUGUACUUUGAGAAGUUUAAGAUGGCCCUACACACAAACAAGGUACAGUUGAGUUUGUCCACCAGCUUCUCUACAUCUUAUCUUUGAUUCGCUUUAAGAGAAAAGGAUUUUCCUAUUACUUAUAAUUUUAAAAGAGGAUAAUCUGUUUCGAUUAUCUUCAAGAAUUAGAAAUAAUUCAUAUCUUGCCGAAUUUACGCUUUUGACUUUGUAUUGUAAAUAACAUUCCUAGCCUUGUAAAACUAAUUAAAAUAUUGUUGUGAUUUUGAAUUUAAUUAAAGUUAAUUUGAAACUUUAAAACUUUCCACUUCAUCCGGUUAGGAUUGACUCUUAAAUGGAAUGAAUUAUCACAAUUUUUUUUGAAGAAACUGAAAAUGCCGGUCAAAGCAAAGAAACACAGUACAUUCGAGAGUUGUGUCGUUCCAAAUGAAGGUGUAUCAUUUAUAAGCUUCACGGUGUGAUUUGUAAAACAAGCCAUGUUAUUUGAACCUGGACGUAACCGCUAACUGUUUUUAGAGAAUUUUACAAAUAAAACACAGCCGGUAAGAAUUUGACUGAGUUUACUUAUGUAAAGAUGUUUACAUUUUCAAAUAACUCUUUGAAAUAUUAAUGAGAAGCGACUGAACAAAAUACCGUAUAUUAAUUAGAUGACAACUUUCAAAUCUCAUCGAGUGAGAGUUGGAAAUAGACCACCGCAACGUGGUUUCCAUCUUGAAUGUUUUUAUUAAUAUAAUUACUUCCUUUAUAGGAUCUUCACAGAGAUGUUGAGAUCAAAGCUGCUAACGGCAAGUUAGUCAGAGCUGUGACUGUGUUUGCACACGCGCUGAAGUUUUUCAAAGAUCACGUGCUGGAAGAACUCUCUGACCAAUCAGCAACGAAGAUUCUGGAAGAAGACAUUCAGUGGGUUCUUACCGUACCUGCCAUCUGGAAGGCACCCGCUAAACAAUUCAUGAGGACAGCGGCCUACGAGGUGAGUGGAAUGUUUAAUGCUCCCAAAUUAUUGGCUCGCAUUCACCUGAUGAAGCCUUUUUGGCGAAUCAUAAAUGUAUUAGACUUUUAGCUUAGCCUGACUAAAUUCACGAGACAGAGGCAGGCUUUAAUCCUUUUUACUGAAGGUAAUUUUCCACAAGAACGAAGGAUAUAUCAGAGGGAUGCUCGAGUUUCUCUCAGUUAGUUCUUUUAAUUCCAAACAUAUGUCAAUAUUGAAGCGUAAAUUUAAGAAUAGCUGACUCUUAGCUCAGGGACUUUCACAAAUAAACCAUCGGGCUCCUCCCAAGAAAUAGUAAAUCACAUUUUCUGCCAAAAGGAAAAAGGCACUUUAAAAACUCAAGGUCGCACAAUGCACUUAUCGUGGCUCAAAGCCCCAUGAAAGAACAAGGCGCAAAUUUAUUUAAAAGGAAAGUUGCGUCCAAUUUGGGGGAACUUCAGAACGUGUUACGUCCCAGAACGUUUAUUCCACUUCAUUGCUAAUAGAAAUCACAGUCUUCUGCGGUUGUGCUGGUACUGUCUCUGAAAACAUCCAAAGCUGUAAGUUUGUGUGCCUCUGCGUGAUUGCACCAUGAAAAGAUAAUUACAUGUUGGAUAAAAUAUAUAAAUACUCGGCAACCUUCGAGACAAAUAACGUCUCAAUGCCUCUAUGACACAAUUCCUCAUCGAAACUUUCUCAUAUUAAGGGUUCAUUUGCGGUUGUGUACAUGUUUGUUGUUCUCAAAAACAUCCUACAUUUAAGUCCGCACGUGAGAUACUAGCUGAUUAUGCAAAAGAAACCGUUGUUGUGUACUAGGUUUCGCAGUAUUUAUCUUGUUCAAAACAAUCAAACAGAUCAUGAAAAAUAAUUUUUGACACUCAUAGAUAAUAAAAUCAUAAAAAAGAUUACAAGUUUGAAAUAGACCUCAUUGCUAAACCUCUAAUAUUCGGUCAUUUCCGUGUUUAAAUCCUUUUGAUAAAAGUUGAAAACCGCUGGUUCGUAGAACAAGGCCACUUUGAAGGGUCGCACCUCAAACAAUGUUUCUAAACAUGGAGUCGCGUAAUUAAGUAGAAGUGUACAGAGCCACUUAAAAGUAUGUAAGACAUCUCGUAGAUUGACAUCCACUUGUCAUGUGCUAGUUACACCUUUGUUCAUGUUAAUUGAGACAUUUUCACAGUUGUGGAGGCGGUGAUUGUUAUUAUGGUUGAAUAAUACAAAUUAAUAUUGUGCACAGAACUUAAAUUGUUCCAGUAUUCGUGGAACAUUAUGGUGUAGAACCUCUCUAAAAUUCACUUCCUCGUAAUCAUGCGUAUUCGUUUCUACUGCUGAAUAAACUUGUGAUUGGUGUCGAAGUGUCGUUGUUGAUGUGAGGAAAGUUGUUCUCUGUGAAUAAUUUCUUCAGAAGGAGGAGUUCGCUAACAACCACAGCGGCGAUAGAGCCGAAUACGAGACAUUCAAAAACCACCAUGGCUGAAAACAGUACUGUAGAUUUGCAAUGAAUUGCGCGAUAACUACGAAAUUGUACCAACUUUCCUUGUAAUUAAAUUCGUAAUUCGUUGCGGCUUCCGCAACUUGGAAAAGAGCCAAAUUAAAAUGUAAUGCGAGACGUCAAACCCGUCAUUAGUACUGAUUGCUACCAAUAUUCUCUCUAAAAUGCCGACUCUCUCGUAACUAGACAGAUGAGGAGAAUAAGAAAAUUCAUCAGUAAUGGGAAUUUGGCUUGUGGUAAGCACCAAAUUUUUAGAAAAAAUGUGUCAACGAAAAUGAAGAAGAAAUGGUUACAUUUAGGGUAUUGAAAAAGUUUAUAACGGACACAAAAUAAUAGUGGAAUGUGAAAAACAUUAUUUAUAUUUUCUCGAAGCUAAAAAGUAAAUUGUGCAGGCGAGAAACCUGCUUAAUUGAAUAGAUUGAACAAUUGACAUUCAUUACCUUCUAAACUUUGUGACAUAAAAGCUCGAGGGCUUUUUUUUCUUCCAAGAUGAAAUGUAUAACAUGUACCAUAGUUUUAAGUUUGUAGAAUACAACUCAUUUUCCCAUAAUUUUUAGUCCACCUUGAUCCUAACUAACUCAAUACAUCUGCCUAAAAAUGUGUGGAAAUCGAAGCAAGAGACUUUUCAAAAAACAAAACAUCUAUGAUAACUUUUGUAAAGCGAUACAGUGUUCUUAACAGUUCACGAUUGCCAGUCUUAAAAUAUACUAGGCUACCAAAAGGUGCCAGCCAGUCUUAAAGUAUGCAAGGCUGCUAAAAUGUGCCCAACUGAGUAUUGCCUCUGCAAGACGUAUUAAUUGCUAAAAAUAACAUUUUCCAAGUUAUGUUGUCCUCUGAGAAAUCCAAGGAUCCAGGGGUGUCCAAGUUAUCAUUUGGAGGCCAUUAGUGCCAAAGCUUCUCCUCUGGAAACAAAAAGUGGUCCGUGCUUGAAGUACGGCACUUCCUCGCCUUUGCAAAUUUUCCUCAGCACAAAUGCUUCUAUUCCUACCACAGCAGCCACGGUAACAAUAACAAAGACCUCCACAAAUACCAUGGCUAGCGUAAGGUUUAUCUCCUUUUCGAUCGUGUGUAAAAUCUUUCUGGCAACUUCGAAUUGAUUUUCAAUCCCCCUCAAGAUAUGUUUUUUCGCUUUGAGGACGUUUUGAAGUUUUGCGGUUGGAAUUUCGCCACUAUCUUUGCCACCUGUAAGCUCUUAUUUAUACAUAAAAAAGCGCAUGCUUUUGAAUGACAAAUCGAGUAAUUAUUUUGAGCCAAGGAAUUUCUUUAUUUGCUUACAUUUGCAUGAAUUAUUUUACGUCGGUGCUGCGAGAUUGUUCAGCUCUGUUCCUGUUGUAAGGUAACUUCCAUUGCAUGCCCAUUUUGUUGUGUGUUUCGUGGAAACACAUUUCCUGAACCCUUUCAUUUUAUAUUUUCGGAAAACAGCGUUCAUAAUGUUUUUCGUUUUAUUGCGUUAAAACAUUUCAAAGCAAACCGCCAUUCAUGUGUUCAGAUUUUGAUACAAGGAUCUUUGUCAUACACCUUAUAAUGACUUUUAUCUAGCCUGUAAGCUCAAAUACCCGUUUACCCCAGCAUAUUUCUGCUUCUUUCUAAUAAAUGGUGGUAGCUCAUCUUGUACGCAAUCGAAAAUUUAAAGCACUUAUGCAUAGCACGUACGUCAGUACGUGACAAACUUUCUCGAAGGUGUCAAUGUUAUUUCAGCAUCUUAUAGCUCUUUCUAACGCUAUCCUUUUGAAGACAAAUAGUUCUAAAUAAUUAAUUUUGUUAUGUUGUGAUCUAAACAGAUGCCCGGCGAAAACCAAUGUUAUUGGUUAACAUCACGUGACUUUCGUUUCCUGACGUCUACAAAUUCCUCCGAAUUUCAGCUCUAUUUUGUAGAUUUUUAUUAAGAUGAAAGGCAUAGACCAAUUUCUCAAAAGAAUAUAACAAUUUUAGACUAGGGAUGGUUGAUAUUAAAGUAAGUGAGUCCACGGCACCACGAGUGCUUGUUUAUUUUUCUUUAUCUUAAGUAAAUCUACGAGCCUUUUUCAUAAUCCAUAUGAAAUUGCAAAAUGAUAUUUACACUGCGGUUGAAUUAAAAAAAAAAAAAAAACAGCGAGCAUUAUGAUUGAAUUUCAAUUGCACUAUGGUAACUCUCGCGGUUCGUUUCAAUCUGAGUUGCAUUCGAAACAAGAAUACACGGGUGAAAUGAUUUUCACAAUACCCUAGUUAUGUUUGUGGCGAAAUCCGCCAAUAUUAUGCUUUUAUUGAUGGAAUCACUCUUUUCCCCUUAACAGCAACCUUAAAUAACUUGCCCAAAAUAAAAAUAUCUUAAAGUUGGAGGUUUUUUCGGUUUUCAAGAUGUAAUGUGUCAAGAAUUUUCCCUAAAAUGCCGGCUAGCCUUUAUCCAUUCUGAAACAUGAACACAGAGUAAGUUCUUCCUCUUUCUCACAGAUAAUAUUGUUAUAGUACAUCUACCCCCGCAAAAUAAAGAUAAUUUCUGCCUCUCUAGAAACUGAACCAUCGAUUGUCAAUUUCGUGAGUCUUACUCGCCGUUGCAAGCAAAUUAAGCAGGUAUCGUUUCGUUUGUCGAUGGUUAGUCUUAAAGUAUUGUACCUUAGAUACUUUAAGAUAAUGUAAAACAUUCUUGCCUAUUGAUAGAAAAUUAAAGGAGAAGUUUAGAAGUCUGGUAUAAAUUGUUUUGUGAAACUGUCCAGUUUUUCUAAGGACAGAAUGAUAAAUGUAGUAAUCACGCGUUGUUUUGUUCUUGUGAAGUAAGUUCGAAGCUAACUGAAUUGAAACUGCACUCGACAUCGAAAUGUUCCAUGGUAUUACAGCAAAUACGAACCGUCACCCGCCAAGUGGUAUUUUGAGUUGACAUGGACGCGGUACUCUUUUCCUUCGCAUAGUUUCUUGAGCAUGUACACAUCUAGGAGUGCUAGUGCUGUGAACGUGCCAAGAACGACAAUUUCUACUACCACCAUGAUUGUUCUACAACUGUUUCAACGUCAAAUCAGCCUUAUCCAAACGAGAUAUCCCCUUCGCAAAUGGUAAUGUCUCUAGCUAUAAACGGAUUCAUUAGUGUCAAGUGUGCGUCGAGCAAAGGAGCACCUGCUAGAUAGCUUCUGUAAACAAGUGUGAAACUAAUCAACAAGAAUAGAAUACCAUUAGCGAACUACGCAGGUUGAAGAUGUUUAACGUUUUGGCCGCAAGCCAGUUAGCUGAAUUAUGAAAUGUUUUUCACUUAGUAAGCGUAAGAAAAGUUCUGGAAAACAUCGUCAAAAUUUGCGAAUUUCUAAAUCACCUAUCGUCAAUAAACGAAAAGCUUUCGUUCGAAAGGUAGCUGUUCUUUACGAAGUAUAGUAUGAUUGUUGAUUUUAUCAGCGAGUAGAUAAACAAAACAAAGCAAAACAUGACAAAAAAAACUGGCAAAGACACAUUCUUACCUCUACAACACUAUAACAACAACUACAUCAGCUGAGAUGUACACCUUACGAGAACCGAAAAAAUAAUAAACAGAGUUAAUCCGUUUCUCAAAAAGAGAAACUUCUUAUAAUCCUGCAAAUCGAAUAAAACAAUAACGAAGCCAAUUCACUAAGAAUAACCAUAAUUUAAGUCCAAAAACUAUUGCUUGUACAAUAUUACACCAGAAUCCAUUUUCCUUAGAAGAUAGAGAUGUGAAAACUCCAACACAUUGAAAACCAAUGAAAUUUUAGCGCAUCCUUUAAGAACGUAGAAAAUCUGCUUCAAAUAUCUCAUUUCGUAUUGAUAAACCUUAUAUACAAAGGAAUAUACUUUCUAAAUGUCUCAUUUCAUUCACCAUGUGUCUUUUAGGUUAUAACUUGUCGUGGCUUUAUCUCUUGAGCGCAAGCGUAGGUCUCAAAAACUGGUUUAUCUCGCAGAGAAGUAAGGUAUUGUCACUGGGAACACUUGUGCAUACGGUUCAGUAUCUUCCAGCUGAUUUUGUUCCUCCCCAAAACAUCGUUUCAGUAAGUAGAUAUCCAACACGCUAAAUCCAGCUACAAUUACUCCAAGGAAAACGGCCGUCACCACAACCAUACUUGGAUGAAAUGUUCCUUCCGUAGGGAUUUCAUCAAUUGAAAUGUCAAAAUGAUUCUGCUGAGCUACUUAAGUCACUUUUCGAAGUUACACACAUAUAUAGCGCAUCACUACGUUUCGUAAUUUUCAAUAAAAACUUAUUUGUGUAAGUGAUGUUGGCUUGUGUCCAGGCUGGCUUACUGCCACCUGCAAGUGGGAAAAUUUAUGGUUAAAUUAUUGACCAGGAUUACAAAGGCGUUAGGCAGAUAAAAAUUUUCAGUAUACUGUGAUUUAGAAUUAGUCAUAAGUUCGUAUAGUAUAUUAACCUUAUUUUGUUGCGUUGGGUUUUUAAGAGUUCAAAUUUCACACAUGAGUGUUCAUUUAUUGACUCAGUUUACUAUAGGCUACAACAUACGCUCUUUUGCAUACUUCAGGCUAAUGUGAAUAAUACUGACUUACCAAACUGCCAUGAAUUAGGUUUAAUAAAUGUAUUGGGAUGAUUAGUUUGGCGAAAUACCAGCAGAAAUGUGAUUGUCGAUUCGGUUAUUGGAAAAUAUAAUUUUUCAGGGAAUUAAGUCUUAGCCAAGGUCUCGGCAGAUGAUUGUAUCUUUUAAAAUUACUUACCAUUCAUAAACAUUGAACACUAAUAACUGCUAACCGGGUAUUUCUUUCUGGCAACCUUUAAACCAAACAGUUGUUUGAGUGUGAAUAUUGUGCUGGAUUUGAAGCUAGAAACUUUAUGCUCUAAGGUGUUUGACCCUUCGAAUUAUUAGUUGAAAUUUGUCCACUGCACUCCUUUUUACUGCUACGCGGAUUGAAAAUGAAGUGACUCAGAAAAUCGCCCUGGUCUUUCUCCUCCUCAGUUUCGCUGUCAGCUCGAUAAGAGUUUCUUAUUUUGUCAUGUAGGCGUUCAUUUGAGCCCUGUGUCUUUGCCGGAGACCACAGCACAAACUUCCAACACAGUAAAGGUGAAAUAAUGUUACUCCGGCAACCAGUAAUACAGUUAAAAAAAUGGCAAGAGAAAGCAUUGUGAUCCAAAACAAUUCUCAAACACGGUUGGUCUUUUCUCCAUCGAUAUCUCCUGAAUAUGUAUUGUUUACCGAGCAUAAGAAUUUCACCUCAGAUUCAAUUCUGCUCUCCAGUGGUCCGAGCGACAAAGCCUAUUCUCCUCGACAGCUUGGUGGAAGAAUUUUUUUCAGGUUCUCGAAGUUUUACAUCUUCAUGGCAUUAACUGCAAUUUUUGCAUUGAUUUAGCGAAUCAGAAAUAAAUUCCCCCGGCAAUCUACAAGGAAAUACUUUGCCAUGAUAUGUUUCUGUUAUGAAAAGAAAUUUUGUGUUGUGUCAUUCAAAUGCAAAUAGGAGUACAACACUUAUAUUCUGACAUAUUGGAACUCGUUUAUUAUUUAGAAAAAAAAUUAAAUAUAAUUAGCAUAUGGAGACGCACCAUCAUGAAAACAACGAACAAUGAUUUCCUUUCUAUGGUGGGGGUAAUCACAACCAUCGUCUAUUGCUUGCAGGCUCGUUGGCUCGUUCAUUUCGCCCGAGAACUUAGAACACUACUGGCUAAUUUUUCUCGUCACAAAAAUAACUCAAGAUGUCAUUCCCCAACUCUUUAAGAUCCGAUCCAAUCUUCUAUUACCAAAGUUAAUAUUUUGUGUGGUGAAAAACUAACGAAACUUUAUUACAACUUCUGAAUUAGACAUUAAGCAUGAUAUCCUUCGAAUUUCAGGCCGGAUUGACUGCACAAGAUGCCCCUGACCGUCUGCUAAUAGCCUUAGAACCGGAAGCCGCCUCGAUUUACUGUCGGAAGUUACGUUUGAGGGACUGUUCAUGGGCAGAGGAGACAAAGAGGAGGUCCACUGUCUCAUCAUCAAUGGACGCGCUAGUCGGAGAUGACUUUCAAGGUACUAAUUUCGGGAAAACAGGGAGCCAAGAAAGCACAAUGACCUCUAUUGUUCCAGCCUUAGUUCGAUGCCCUAAACCUGCGUCAUAUGUGUGGGUUGAGCUUGUUGUUGAUUAUCUUUCCUAGUACAAGAGUUUCUCUCCGGUUGGCCCCAAUUCUCCAUCCUUUUCAAAAACCAACACCUUUAAUUUCAAAUCAAUCUGAAACAUGAACAGCAAAGAUAGACGAGCAACCUCAUGCCGUGUGUGCUCCUGCUAAAAUCCAAUUCAUUACAAUCAUUAUCUGCUUGUUUUAAGACAAGGAUAUCAUAAGUGGUGCAACAAUGUGAUAGUUAGUUUCAUAUACUUAUCAGAGCGUUGACGAGUCCAUUUUACCUGCCCUCUAGGAACUUAAACGCGCCCCCGGGCCUCCCUGGGUUACAAUAACACUCUUAUUCUUUCACUUCGUUGCUGACUUGGCUUUUUUCUUGUAUUCAGAAAACACCCGUUACCUGGUGGUGGAUUGUGGGGGAGGCACAGUGGACCUUACAGUACACGAAUUAGACUCACAGACUGGUACCUUACAAGAGCUUCACAGGGGCACAGGAGGAGCCUGUGGGGCCACUGGCGUGGACGAGCAGUUCGAACUGCUGCUAAAGAAAAUCUUCGGGAAGGACUUCAUUGAGCAGUUCAAAAAUAAGCGACCCGCAGGUUGGGUAGACUUAAUGAUAGCUUUUGAGGCAAAGAAACGAACUGCGAGUCCAAACAAGACAAAUCCACUGAACAUUUCGAUGCCGUAUUCCUUCAUCGACUACUUCAAGAAACACAAAAGCUCAAGCAUUGAUUCAGCGGUCAAAAAGUUUGGAAAUCCAAACGUGAAAUGGUCUUCGCAAGGAAUGUUGAGAAUUGCGCCUGAAACCAUGAAAGAACUUUUUGACCCCGUGUUGAGCAAAAUUGUCGAACAUGUCAAGGACCUCAUUAGUCGAGAAAGUGUUACCGGUCUAAAGUUUCUCUUCCUUGUAGGUGGAUUUUCCGAGUCGCCAUUACUUCAAGAAGCUGUGCGUAAAGCGUUUGAGUCAAAUAUGAAGGUAAUUAUUCCCCAAGAAGUCGGGCUAACCAUUCUCCGAGGGGCGGUGCUGUUCGGAUUGGAUCCCACUGUUGUCCGAGUUCGACGGGCUGUUAUGACUUACGGAGUCGGAGUCCUCAAUCGAUUCAUUGUCGGAAAGCACCCAAGAAACAAACUCGUGAAGAAAUCGGGCGUCGAAUGGUGUACCGAUGUGUUUGACAAAUUUGUAACUUCCGAUCAGCCACUGAAACUGGGAGAGAGUGUGACGAGGAGUUAUGCGCCUGCCAAACCAGGACAAACUUCAACAAUAAUCACAAUUUAUUCCACGGAGGAAGAAAACGUUAGUUUUGUCACAGACCAAGGCGUCAAGAAAUGCGGACAGUUGCUUCUGGAGAUGCCAGAGGUGGAAAACACUGAUAUCAAGAAACCGAGGGAGCUUCAAACGAGCAUGAUUUUUGGUGAUACUGAGAUUAAAGUUACAGCUCUGGAUAUUCUGUCCGGCAAGGAAGCGAGAGCAAGCAUCAAUUUCUUGUCCCUGUGA